AUAACGUCUCUCCGGUGAACCAUGACGGGAUACCUGAGGGUUCUGUCCUCCAUCUCGAGGUAUGCAGCGACGCUUACCGAAAAGCCUGCUAUGCUUGCGCCUGCAGCCGCCAUGGGCCAGAGUCUGCGACACACAAACUAUGCUGUUAAGCGUAUCAAGGUGGACCAGCCGGUGGUAGAGAUGGAUGGAGAUGAGAUGACAAGGAUCAUCUGGGAGUUCAUCAAGGAGAAGCUGGUCCUGUCUAACGUGGACGUGGAGCUGAAGUAUUAUGACCUUGGUCUGCCAUGCCAUGACCAGACAGACGACCAGGUCACCAUUGACUCGGCCAUCGCCACCAUGAAGUACAACGUGGCUGUCAAGUGUGCCACCAUCACCCCGGAUGAAGCCAGAGUCGAUGAGUUCAAGCUGAAGAAGAUGUGGAAGAGUCCCAACGGAAGCAUCAGGAACAUUCUGGGCGGAACCGUCUUCCGAGAGCCAAUCAUCUGCAAGAACAUUCCCCGCCUGGUCCCUGGUUGGACGCAGCCAAUAACGAUCGGCAGACACGCCUUUGGUGACCAGUACAGAGCCACAGACUUUGUGAUCACCAAGCCGGGGAAGUUUAAGAUGGUGUUCACCCCGGCUGACGGCAGCAAGGGGAAUGAGUGGGAGGUCUUUGACUUCCUCUCAGGAGGCUGUGGGUUGGGCAUGUACAAUACUGAUGAGUCCAUCACAGGGUUUGCCCACAGCUGUUUCCAGUAUGCCAUCAAUAAGAGGUGGCCUCUAUACAUGAGCACUAAGAACACCAUCCUUAAGUACUACGACGGACGCUUCAAGGAUAUCUUCCAGGAGAUCUUUGAGGAGUAAG